UCUUCAAUCCUGAGCCGCUCUCUCACUCUAACACUUCAACUCCUUCCUCUUCGUUCCAAUUCCUAUGCGAAAUGAACACGAAUUUGCUGACUCACUUACAAGUCCAAGCGCUUCCACCACGCUCACAUGCAUUCCUCGUUCCCGCACAAAGAAUUGGGUCUCGGAAAUUCACCACUAAGAGACGCGCUUUUUGUCUCCAACUGUGUAACAAGAACUUCGGUUAUGGGAGUGGUAUCAGAAGCUCGGUCACUAGGGGAGUCGACGAAGUGGAAGAAGAAGAUGGGCAGAAGGAGAAGCAGCCAGUGGCGAAGAGGGCUUACCCUUUUCACAAAAUCGAGCCCAAAUGGCAGCGCUAUUGGGAGGAGAAUCGCACUUUUCGAACCCCAGAUGAAAUUGAUACUUCCAAGCCAAAAUUCUAUGUCCUCGACAUGUUCCCCUAUCCCAGUGGAGCUGGGCUACAUGUUGGCCAUCCGCUGGGUUAUACCGCCACUGACAUCCUCGCUAGAUUCAAACGCAUGCAGGGCUACAAUGUCUUGCACCCAAUGGGAUGGGAUGCAUUUGGAUUGCCUGCAGAGCAGUAUGCAAUUGAGACUGGAACUCACCCCAAAAUUACGACAUUGAGAAACAUCAACCGCUUUCGUUCCCAGCUUAAAUCAUUAGGCUUUUCAUAUGACUGGGAUCGUGAAAUUUCUACAACAGAACCAAAUUAUUAUAAAUGGACACAGUGGAUCUUUCUUCAGCUGUUAAAGAGAGGGUUGGCAUAUCAGGCUGAAGUUCCAGUCAAUUGGUGUCCUGCUCUUGGCACUGUCUUAGCAAAUGAGGAGGUGGUAGACGGUGUGAGUGAGCGGGGGGGUCACCCAGUUAUAAGAAAGCCAAUGAGGCAAUGGAUGCUCAAGAUUACUGCAUAUGCUGAUCGUCUUCUUGAAGAUUUAGAUGACCUAGACUGGCCUGAAAGUGUCAAGGAAAUGCAAAGAAACUGGAUAGGGAGGUCUGAAGGGGCUGAGAUGGAAUUUUGUGUUCUUGACAGUGAUGGACGGGAAAGAGAGAUAAAAGUUACAGUUUUUACUACCAGGCCUGAUACCAUCUUUGGAGCGACCUACUUAGUUGUGGCACCAGAGCAUUGUUUGUUGUCAUCAUUGGUAUCCACAGCCCAGAGCAAAUACGUGGAGGAAUAUAAAGAUCUUGCCUCAAGGAAGAGUGACCUUGAGAGGACUGAGCUUCAGAAGGAAAAAACUGGGGUCUUUACUGGUUGCUAUGCCCGAAAUCCAGCUAAUGGGGAAGCUAUCCCUAUAUGGGUUGCUGAUUAUGUCCUUGGAAGUUAUGGAACAGGAGCAAUUAUGGCUGUUCCUGGACAUGACACUCGUGACCAUGAGUUUGCUUUGAAGUAUGAUAUCCCGAUCCGUUGCGUUGUGGCACCAGAUGACAAAAGUCUCAGUGAUUCUGGAAAGGCUUUUUCGGGUCAAGGCACAAUUAUAAAUUCAUCAAAUUCAACUUUGGGGCUUGACAUUAAUGGCUUGUGCAGCAAAGAAGCUGCUUCAAAAGUGAUUGAGUGGGUUGAGAAAACUGGAAAUGGGAAGAAAAAGGUGAACUACAAGUUGAGGGACUGGCUUUUUGCUCGUCAACGUUAUUGGGGGGAGCCUAUCCCAGUAAUUUUUUUGGAUGGAACUGGUGAGACUGUUCCACUUCUUGAAACCGAACUGCCUCUUACCCUACCAGAAUUGGAUGAUUUUACACCCACUGGGACAGGGGAACCGCCACUAUCAAAAGCAGUGUCUUGGGUUAAAACUACAGAUCCUUCAUCUGGAAAAGCAGCUAAACGAGAGACAAGCACCAUGCCACAGUGGGCUGGUUCUUGUUGGUACUAUUUGAGAUUUAUGGAUCCAAAUAAUUCCAAAGAAUUAGUUGAUAAGGAAAAAGAAAGGUAUUGGAGCCCUGUUGAUGUGUACGUUGGUGGUGCUGAACAUGCUGUUCUUCAUUUACUUUAUUCCAGGUUCUGGCACAAGGUUCUCUAUGACAUUGGUGUUGUGUCCACCAAGGAACCCUUUCAAUGUGUCAUAAACCAGGGUCUCAUCCUUGGAGAAGUUCAAUAUAUGGCUUUCCGUGAUUUGGAAGGGAACUUUAUAUCUGCAGAGUUUGCUGAUAUGUUGGGUGAAAGUAACCAAGAAAGAAUUCCUGAGGAGAAAGUUGUGAAAUCUGGGGAUUCUUUUGUACUGAAAGAAAAUCCAAAAAUUCGUUUGCUGGCUCGUGCUCACAAAAUGAGUAAAAGUAGGGGAAACGUUGUGAAUCCUGAUGACGUUGUUUCUGAGUAUGGUGCAGAUUCUCUUCGCUUAUAUGAAAUGUUCAUGGGACCACUUAGAGACUCAAAAACUUGGAAUACUAGUGGUAUUGAAGGCGUCCAUCGAUUUUUAGGAAGAACUUGGAGACUAAUUGUUGGUUCACCUUCACCUGAUGGUACUUUCAAGGAUGGUACAGUGGCUGUUGAUGAGGAACCUACUUUGGAACAACUUCGUUCUCUCCAUAGAUGCAUUGCUAAGGUAACAGAGGAAAUUGAAGGGACACGGUUCAACACUGGAAUUUCUGCAAUGAUGGAGUUCCUUAAUGCAGCAUAUAAGUGGGAUAAACAUCCGAGAUUAAUUAUUGAAGCCUUUGUAUUGUUGCUUUCACCAUAUGCACCUCACAUGGCAGAGGAGCUCUGGUUACGCCUAGGACACUCAACAUCACUCACAUAUGAGCCUUUGCCCAAGGCCAACCCUGAUUACUUGAGGGAUUCCACUAUCGUCUUACCAGUUCAGAUCAAUGGCAAGACAAGGGGUACGAUCCAGGUCGAAGAAGCCUGUACAGAGGAGGAUGCUUUCAAAUUAGCGUCGGAGGACGAAAAACUGUCCAAAUAUUUGGUCGGGAAGUCUAUCAAAAAGAAAAUUUAUGUCCCUGGCAAGAUCUUGAAUGUUAUCUUGGACCGUCAAAAUGUCGAGGUUGGUGUCAGGUAGUCCCUACGACACCAUGUCGAAGUCGGUGAAGCGCAUGCAUUUCAACCGGGAAGAAGCAGCCAUGAGUUUGCAACUUUGCAUGCACCCACCAACCUUCUCUGUUGGAUGCAGAUCUAAAGAAGGUUGAGGUGAUUACAGAAUAUGCUUUCAUCACCCUAUUCCCUUGUAGACAAUAACAGCAAAGGAAGCUUCUGCCUAAAAUUUAGUAUUUACAACAAUUUCAUCAAUACAGCUGUCCAGCUCUGAA